GACAGCGCCUAUAAGUGUGAUCGUGGAUUUCAGUUUUAGCCUAUCUUCAUACUGUACUGUCUGUGAAUGGUUUGUGAAUUUGUCUAGUAAGCUCGAUGGAUAACACAAUGGACGAAUGUUACUGUCUUAUUCAGUGAUUCAUCAUUUGUUUUCCAACAUAGGUUUCCAAAAAUUCACAUUUAUUUAGAUUUUUACUUUCCUGGCUCCAAUGUGAAGCCUACAUCCGUGUUGCUGCCUCUACUGCGCAGACUCGUCACUGCGGUUCACUGCGUUUCCGCGUUAGCUGGGCUGGCUAGCUGAUAGUGGCUGUCGUCAGGAGAGCCUACGAUCGACUCCGACUGGAUAUUGUAUCGAUGGAUAAACCAAAUAUUUUCGACAAUGCAUUAAUGUUCAUAAACUGUGUACUUGUGAAUGAUGCUAUUGAAAGUGCGGUGACUACACCGUCCGUAACAUGCGAUAUUAUCAAAACAAGAUAUUAGCCAAGUGUGCGUCUUAAGAGCAGUUUACGUUAUCUAGGUAACUGUUACCGCUACAUAACAUUUAUGGUGGCUUCGUUGAUCCAUUUUUUGUGUUUUGUCCUCGUCUGUAUUGGUGGAAAAUGAAGAAGUUCAAUAUCAGAAAAGUGCUGGACGGCUUGACUGCUUCUUCCUCUGGCACUGCAUCUCCACAACCAGGAACUAAUCAAAACGAUGUGAUCCAAGAGACGCUACAAUCGGAGCAUUUCCAGCUCUGCAAGACUGUGCGCCAUGGCUUUCCCUACCAGCCCUCCUCCAUGGCCUUUGACCCUGUGCAAAAAAUUCUGGCCAUCGGGACUCAGAGCGGAGCUGUGAGACUUUUUGGCCGUGCGGGUGUGGAGUGUUACUGUCAGCAUGACAGUGGUGCAGCUGUAAUCCAGCUUCAGUUUCUGGUCAACGAGGGGGCGCUGGUGAGUGCCUUAGCUGAUGACAGCGUUCACCUGUGGAACCUGAGGCAGAAGCAGCCAGCUAUCCUGCACACUCUCAAAUUCAAUCGGGAGAGGAUCACGUUUUGUCACCUGCCCUUCCAGAGUAAAUGGCUGUACAUCGGCACAGAGAAAGGAAACAUCCACAUCGUCAACGUUGAGUCCUUCACACUGUCAGGCUACGUCAUUAUGUGGAACAAAGCCAUCGAACUGUCCUCCAAGUCACACCCUGGUCCUGUGGUCCACAUCAGUGAUAACCCCAUGGAUGAGGGAAAGAUUUUGAUUGGAUUUGAAUGUGGGACCGUGGUGUUGUGGGAUCUGAAAUGCAAAAAAGCUGACUACCGCUACAAUCAUGAUGAGGCCAUCCACUCAGUAGCCUGGCACCAUGAGGGAAAACAGUUCACCUGCAGCCACUCAGAUGGAACUCUGACCACAUGGAAUGUACGUGUCCCCGCCAAGCCUACAAUCACCAUCACACCACACGGUAAGCAGCCCAAGGAUGGAAAGAAGCCAGAACCAUGUAAACCUAUCCUCAAAGUGGAGUAUAAAACGACUAGAGCUGGGGACGCCUUCGUGGUCAUGUCUGGAGGCCUGUCCUAUGACACGGGGUGCAGGAGGUCCUGUCUGACGGUGAUGCAUGGGAAGAGUACUGCUGUCCUGGAGAUGGACUAUCCCAUUGUAGACUUCCUCACGCUCUGCGAAACACCAUAUCCUAAUGAUUUCCAGGAGCCUUAUGCUGUAGUUGUCCUCUUGGAAAAGGAUUUAGUUGUCAUCGACCUUGAACAAAUUGGGUACCCAAUAUUUGAGAACCCGUACCCUCUGUCGAUCCACGAGUCUCCAGUGACGUGCGUGGAGUACUUUGCUGACUGCCCUCCUGAACUCAUACCUGCACUUUACUCUGUGGGCUCCCGGCAAAAGAGACAGGGUUACAGUAAGAAGGAAUGGCCUAUAAGUGGUGGUAACUGGGGCCAAGGCACACUGAGCUACCCUGAGAUCAUCGUCACUGGACAUGCUGACGGAUCAAUCAAGUUUUGGGAUGCUUCUGCAAUAAUGCUCCAAGUACUGUACAAGCUGAAGACUGCCAAGGUGUUUGAGAAGGCUCUAAAGGGCGGUAAGGAGGAGAAGCCGAGCACAGAGAUAGUGGAUGAGGAUCCCUUUGCCAUCCAGACUUUGUCGUGGUGCCCAGAGAGCAGAAUGCUGUGUGUGGCCGGAAUCUCCGCCCACGUCAUCAUCUAUAGGUUCAGCAAACAGGAAAUGACCACAGAGGUGGUGCAGCUGUUGGAGGUGCGUAUGCAGGGUGAGCUGAACGAUGUGGAUUCUCCAGACCCAGCAGGAGACCAUCCUCCCACCCCCUCUACCCCAGUACCCCCCUCCUCCUCCAGCCCUACCCAGGAGGGAGAGCCCCCUGAGGCCCAGCCCUUCACCUCUGAUGACCGGCCCAGGGAUAACGUACCAGGCCUUAAGGUCUGGAGCGCCCCUCUGAAGCAGUCUCCUGGGUACCAGGUGGAGCUGGUCAUUCAACUGGUCUGGGUUAGUGGGGAGCCGCCGCAGCAGAUCACCAGCCUGGCCGUCAGCUCGUCAGACGGACUUGUGGUGUUUGGCAACAGCAGCGGUCUGGCUGUCGUGGACUACCUUCAGAAGAGCCUCCUCCUGAACAUGAGCACGUCAGAGUUGUACAGUCCCUCAGACCCCUACCAGAGACAGCCUCGGUCGCCUCGCAAGACACGCCAGCCAUCUGGAGCUCUCAGUGAUAACAGCGAUGGAAACAACAUUUCAGAGGAGAAAAGCAGCAAAUCACCAACGUCAGGCUCUACGACACCCACCAAUUCAGACGAUGAACACAAACAGAAAAGGUUUAUAGAAAUGGUGAAGUCCAAAAGCAGGCGCUUUUCCAAGACGGUUGCCAAUGACUUUGCCAAGAUGUCAAAGAAAAUUAGCUCACCUACAGAGCAAAAGACAGGCCUGGAUGCCAAGGACAGUUCGUUCAGCCGCUCGAGGAGCUCCAGUGUGACCAGUAUAGAGCGGGAGUCCCGCGAAGCCAUCUCCUCCUUCCACUUCAGUGAGAGUUUCCCCAGGAAGACGGACAGCAGCCCCAGCCCCAGCCUGUGGUUGGGUACGACCCAGGGCACUGUCCUGGUCCUCUCCCUCAGCCUGCCACCUACAGGGGACCAGAGGCUGCAGCAACCGGUCGGAGUCUCUUCCUGUGGUACUCUGGUCAGACUAAAAGGAGGUAUCCUGACUAUGGCCUUCCUGGAUUCCCUUGGGGCGUUCCUACCCCCUUCCUACGAACCAUGGUCCGAGCCCAACGCUCCAGACGAGGAGAAGACGAGGAGGCGCAGGCCGGCCUCCCCACCCCCCACCCAGGAGGGUCAGGACAGCCAGUACGCUGUGGUGUGCUCAGAGAAACAGGCCAAGGUGGUGGGUCUGCCCUCCCAGUCCUGCUUCUUCAAACACAACAUCACAGAGAGCUCUUUCGUGCUGAGAGCUGACGUGGUGCAGAUGGCCGCUGGACUCUGCCUCGCCUGCUUCUGUGCUAAUGGACACAUCAUGACUCUGAGUCUACCCAGUCUCAGACCACUCCUGGAUGUGAACUACCUUCCCCUGACAGACAUGAGGAUAGCCCGGACCUUCUGCUUCUCCAACCUGGGCCAGGCCAUGUACCUCACCUCCCCCACCGAGAUACAGAGGAUCACAUACAGCCAGGAGACCUGCGACAAUCUGCAGGAGAUGAUGGGAGAGCUGUUUACACCGUUAGAGACACCUGAAGCUCCUAAUAGAGGUUUCUUCAAGGGCCUGUUUGGGGGAGGAGCUCAGUCGCUGGAUAGAGAAGAUCUGUUUGGUGAGACUGCGGCGGGUAAGGCAUCUCGUAGCCUGGCGCAGCACAUCCCCGGGCCCCAGGGCAUGGAGGGUAUGAAGGGAGCAGCCUCUGGGGUGGUGGGGGACCUGGCCCGUGCCAGGAUAGCCCUGGAUGAGAGGGGGCAGAAACUGGGCGAGCUGGAGGACAGAACCGCAGCCAUGAUGGCCAGCGCUGACUCCUUCUCUAAACACGCUCAUGAUAUGAUGCUGAAGUACAAAGAUAAGAAGUGGUACCAGCUCUGAUGGCAGCGAGGGGAGACAGUGGGAUGCAGUUGUUUUGUUGCACCACUUCAUUAUCUACAGGAGAUGCAGCUCCUCCUCCUCCUCUUCUCCUUCAUCUCUCUGCAGGAGGAAGAGGUGUUGUAUGACAGACUGAGAGGCUUUCUUCCUAGCAGCACAAUACAACACUGCGUUACCUCAGUCACCUGGUUACACUGACUGACUGAAGCAGACUGACUGAAGCAGACUGACUGAAGCAGACUGACUGAAGCAGACUGACUGAAGCAGACUGACUGAAGCAGACUGAAGCAGACUGAAGCUGACUGACUGAAGCUGACUGACUGAUGAGGACUGACUGAUGAGGACUGACUGACUGACUGACUGAUGAGGACUGACUGAUGAGGACUGACUGACUGACUGACUGAUGAGGACUGACUGAUGAGGACUGACUGACUGACUGACUGAUGAGGACUGACUGAUGAGGACUGACUGACUGACUGACUGAUGAGGACAGACUGACUGACUGACUGACUGAUGAGGACUGACUGAUGAGGACUGACUGAUGAGGACUGACUGACUGACUGACUGAUGAGGACUGACUGAUGAGGACUGACUGACUGACUGACUGACUGAUGAGGACAGACUGACUGACUGACUGACUGAUGAGGACUGACUGAUGAGGACUGACUGACUGACGAGGACUGACUGACUGACUGACGAGGACUGACUGACUGACUGACGAGGACUGACUGACUGACUGACUGACGAGGACUGACUGACUGACUGACGAGGACUGACUGACUGACUGACUGACGAGGACUGACUGACUGACUGACUGAUGAGGACUGACUGACUGACUGACUGAUGAGGACUGACUGACUGACUGACUGAUGAGGACUGACUGACUGACUGACUGAUGAGGACUGAUUGAUGAGGACUGACUGACUGACUGACUGACUGAUGAGGACUGACUGACUGACUGACUGACUGAUGAGGACUGACUGACAGAGACAGACUGACUGACUGGCUGACACAGACAGACUGACAAACAGAUUGACUGACACAGACAGACUGACUGACUGGCUGACACAGACAGGCCGACUCGGACGGACGGACGGAGGAGGAGGAAGAGUUAUUCUGGAUCUUUCUUUCUUUGUCAUCUGAGGAGAUGAUGCUCAUUCCCUUAGUCCCUCUCCUCUGGGUUAAUGGGACUGAUCCUGUGUUUCAUCAGUCAUGCUCUUAUCUGUUCAGCUGUUUGGUUCUCCAAGAGGUAAGAUAACUAUACACAAUGAGUACUGUUGGAGGUUACCUGUGAGGUUACCUGUGCAGGGGCCAGGUGAGGUGUUGUCUGCUCUUCAGUGUCAACCAAUCACAAUGGACCUCUAAGGGGAGUCUCCUGUGUGUGGAGGAAAACUCCAUGUCAACCAGCCAGUGGAACCAUCUCUGCUCCUGAAGUCCUAAUAUCUAUAGCAAUGGUUAUAAUGUAUCAACGAUUGAUUCAUCCCCUCUGUGUUUUAUCUCUGGUUUCUCCAUUUCUUUCUUUCUUAUGUUGGAUUUAUAUCAAUAUUUGUCAUCUUUAUUUGCUGUUUUUUUGUUUUUCAAGAAAUUCCAUCCAAGCACUUAAUUAAUUAAACAUGAGUUUAUUGAUGAGUCAUAUUGAUGGUGUGAUGAAUAACUUUUUUCCAUAUUUUUUACUACUGUUACAGUAGGCCUGGCUAUACACUAUUAUCACUUAUCACUCAUACGGUCAGUUUGAACAGUAGGCCUGGCUAUACACUAUUAUCACUUAUCACUCAUACGGUCAGUUUGAACAGUAGGCCUGGCUAUACACUAUUAUCACUUAUCACUCAUACGGUCAGUUUGAACAGUAGGCCUGGCUAUACACUAUUAUCACUUAUCACUCAUACGGUCAGUUUGAACAGUAGGCCUGGCUAUACACUAUUAUCACAUAUCAUUCAUAUGGUCAGUUUGAACAGUAGGCCUGGCUAUACACUAUUAUCACUUAUCAUUCAUACGGUCAGUUUGAACAGUAGGCCUGGCUAUACACUAUUAUCACUUAUCACUCAUACGGUCAGUUUGAACAGUAGGCCUGGCUAUACACUAUUAUCACAUAUCAUUCAUAUGGUCAGUUUGAACAGUAGGCCUGGCUAUAUCACAUAUCAUUCAUAUGGUCAGUUUGAACAGUAGGCCUGGCUAUACACUAUUAUCACAUAUCAUUCAUACGGUCAGUUUGAACAGUAGGCCUGGCUAUACACUAUUAUCACUUAUCAUUCAUACGGUCAGUUUGAACAGCAGGCCUGGCUAUACACUAUUAUCACUUAUCAUUCAUACGGUCAGUUUGAACAGCAGGCCUGGCUAUACACUAUUAUCACUUAUCAUUCAUACGGUCAGUUUGAACAGCAGGCCUGGCUAUACACUAUUAUCACUUAUCAUUCAUACGGUCAGUUUGAACAGCAGGCCUGGCUAUACACUAUUAUCACUUAUCAUUCAUACGGUCAGUUUGAACAGUAGGCCUGGCUAUACACUAUUAUCACUUAUCAUUCAUACGGUCAGUUUGAACAGUAGGCCUGGCUAUACACUUAUCAUUCAUACGGUCAGUUUGAACAGUAGGCCUGGCUAUACACUAUUAUCACUUAUCAUUCAUAUGGUCAGUUUGAACAGCAGGUCUGGCUAUACACUAUUAUCACUUAUCAUUCAUACGGUCAGUUUGAACAGUAGGCCUGGCUAGACACUUAUCACGUAUCAUUCAUACGGUCAGUUUGAACAGUAGGCCUGGCUAGACACAUCACUCAUACGGUCAGUUUGAACAGUCGGCCUGGCUAGACACUUAUCACUUAUCAUUCAUACGGUCAGUUGGAACAGUAGGCCUGGCUAGACACUUAUCACUUAUCAUUCAUACGGUCAGUUGGAACAGUAGGCCUGGCUAGACACUUAUCACUUAUCAUUCAUACGGUCAGUUGGAACAGUAGGCCUGGCUAGACACUUAUCACUUAUCAUUCAUACGGUCAGUUUGAACAGCAGGCCUGGCUAGACACUUGUCACUUAUCAUUCAUACGGUCAGUUUGAACAGUAGGCCUGGCUAGACACUUAUCACGUAUCAUUCAUACGGUCAGUUUGCACAUCAUAUUUGUUUUGAAGCAAGAAGUCAAAUAGAACACAGUUCCCUUGUUUGUUUACUGAAAGUUCUUCCUUUUUGUUGUUGUAUUGUUUAUCAUGGAGUUUCUGUUGUGUGUUGUCAGUGUAUACAUUACGGGCUCUUACUACAGUAUCCACUAAACUGAACCCACUUGACAGGCAUGUGCAGGAAAUGUUUAGCCAAAAACAAGUCUACAAACAUGGAUAUAAUCAAAACCUGAAGGGUUGUUAGUAUGUUGGAAACACUGUGCAACUUAAAUAUAGUUCUCUCUUACGAGGUUAUAGAGUUAUGGUCAUAGAUGACGUCAGGGCCAGUUUUCUAUUUUGUUCUCAGCUCCGAUUGGCUGAGACAUAGCGUUGAGGUUAAUCUUAUGGGUUAUGAUUGGCUCAGAGAUAGAGUUGAGAGUUAUGUACAACAGACUAAGGUGAAGAUACCCCUGGACACUCAUCUUGGUUCAGUUUGGCAUUGUCCUCACUAAUGAUUAAGAUUGGGGGAGGGGAUUAUAGCUGAUCCGAGAUCUGUACCUAGGGGAAACGUGAAGUAAUUCAAAUCUUUACCUCCACCUACCGAACAAUGUGGUAAUAUUGCGUUACAGGUUAGGUUACUCUUAAUCUUCUCACAAUCCUUCCAUAGUGAUUCUAAUACAAUUUUCUCAUGGCUUAUUCAUUUAAAAUCAUUUUGAAUGUUUAGAGAAGAAAGCAUGUCUCUUAUAGCACAAGCAAACAUAUACAGCUGUCUUUGUAUUCGUUGUGUCAGCAGAAGAAGUGACCAAGUGCCAUGUAAUGUUCAGUAAAACAUUAAUUGGUCAUUAUUUUCUGAAUCAACCACUAUCUUAUCAGACAACUCUCUUCUGCCUUUGCUUAUCAUGAUGCAUAUAUGCUAACCUCUACCUAUUUAUGUGUGUAUCUGUUUGUCAACAUCCAUAUAUUCAGGAAUAUGCGUAUGGGCACAUAUAUUUAUACUUGCAGCCAUAGAUGCAGUAUAUUUCAAAAGAUGUGUAGAGAUUUUUUUAUUUUCUUCCUUAAUGGUGUUUUUCAGUGUGACUAUUUGAUUAAAUGUUGUUGUUUUUUUCGACGUGCAAGGAGAUGCUGCCAUUUGUUGUGAAGUAGAGUAAUUUAUCUUUUGUUUUUUUUGUUUUCAAAUGAUUUUUCAUUUAGUAACUGAAGGUUAUGUUUUCACUCCAGGUGGCUGCCAACAGCUAUAUAUAAACAAGUAGUGGGACAAGACAACUGGAGGCAAAUCUGAUCGUGCUGGUUUUGGCAAAGUGACGCAGGGUUUUGGCAAAGUGACGCAGGAUGUAUCCCAAAUUACACCUUAUUCAAAAGUAGUGCACUACAUACUCUAGGGAAUAAGGUGCCAUUUGGGAUCAUUCAUUUUAAACUGUCGUCUUGAUUGACCAAUCUCCGACCGUCUGUCUGGAUGUGAUGAUAACUAUAUAACUCUAUAGGCCUGAUCAUACAGUGUGAGAAAUGACCGUCUGUCUGGAUGUGAUGAUAACUAUAUAACUCUUUAGGCCUGAUCAUACAGUGUGAGAAAUGACCGUCUGUCUGGAUGUGAUGAUAACUAUAUAACUCUAUAGGCCUGAUCAUACAGUGUGAGAAAUGACCGUCUGUCUGGGUGUGAUGAUAACUAUAUAACUCUAUAGGCCUGAUCAUACAGUGUGAGAAAUGACCGUCUGUCUGGGUGUGAUGAUAACUAUAUAACUCUAUAGGCCUGAUCAUACAGUGUGAGAAAUGACCAUCUGUCUGGAUGUGAUGAUAAUUAUAUAACUCUAUAGGCCUGAUCAUACAGUGUGAUAAAUGACCGUCUGUCUGGGUGUGAUGAUAACUAUAUAACUCUAUAGGCCUGAUCAUACAGUGUGAGAAAUGACCGUCUGUCUGGGUGUGAUGAUAACUAUAUAACUCUUUAGGCCUGAUCAUACAGUGUGAGUAAUGACCGUCUGUCUGGGUGUGAUGAUAACUAUAUAACUCUUUAGGCCUGAUCAUACAGUGUGAGUAAUGGUGGAAAGGCUUCUCCAUGCGUGUCACUGCUUUAGCCAGAAGACCUAUAGGACAAUUGGAUUUUCAGUUGAGCAGAUUUGACCUUACUCAUACUACUGACUUGUUAGCUGUUUUUGCACUAUUUUUCCUUCCUUGAUUCACGUUUAAUUUUGUUGUUUAUAUUUUUUUCCUUUUUCUUGUUUAUUUCUCUGAAGUACAAAAACAUGUUGGACAUGUUAACUGUGUGAUACGCCAGUAAUAUACUGACUGGCUUCAUUUUCAGAUUUGUUUUCAUUGCCCAUUAAUGAUAUUCUAUUUAUAUAUUUCAGAAGAAAGUAUAUCAUUUUCAUUUAAAUAUAUUGAAAAUAAAUACUUUUAAUGUAUAAUUUAAGAAGAAUAGAAUUGUGCAUUUUAAGAUGUCUCCAAAACAAUGCUUGUACAUAAUGCCCAUUAUACAAACAUGAAAAUAAAAAUUUCUGGUGGUAUA